UCUCAAUCGACGUGUCAUCUUACGAACAACCCGACUGAUACCCAUGGCCAGUCCACCUGAAAGCUUAUCUCACGCUUCGGUGCUCGUUUCUUGGCAAUCAUCGGGCUAAGUCACACCUUUACGCCAUGGGCGCGUUCGAAGGGAUUAAAGAUCUUUUAAAUUUCAUGGAUUAAAUUUGCAACUCACAGAGCAGUUUUAUUAUUUUUAAUACAAAGAAGACGCUAAUAUGUACUCUUUCAUCCUACACCAUUCAGUGGAAGGGAUAAAACUGUCUCGCCGUUUAUUAACGCAACACGCCUUUCAUCCCUUCAAAUUAAGCGAGGAAGUAAAAAUAAAAAAAGGGGGAUGCGUUUUCGCGUCAACAGUUGAAAGGCGAUCUUCGUGUUCCGCUUUCGUUUACGCGCGUUUGAAUCGCUUGGUUGUUAAUGAAAGAAAAAGGGUCCAGGACUUUACGUUGGACAAGGGUGAAAAGCCUCUCGAACGAGGGUGAGUCGUCGAGUAAUUUUUUUCUUUUUUUUACCGAAUAAAGCUCGUUCCGAGGAUGUCGGGUACAGGAUGGCCUUUGAAAUAUUCCGAGCGCAGCGUGGCUUAUUUAUUUCUGCGUUUUCUCGAGACGUCACCGAGCGAAAGGAGGGCCACCUCGUUUCUUCUCUUUCUCCACGCUUUCCGCGAGCAGAGUUAGCGAGACUGGAAUUUUAAUUAAGCUUUUUUGCCACCCGCUGAAUCCUGGUUCCGGCAGCGAACUCGCGGCUACGGAAGAGAUGCACGCUCGCGAUCUAACGGGUGUCCCUUUUUACUCGCGAAACAGCGCCAAGAUUCUCGAACGGACCGACUCCCUUGAAUACAAAUUCUUCGUUCCUCGGAGAGAUUUUAAUCCCGCCAACUAUUGGCUCGACGAAUCAAGCAAUUCAUUUAACGGGAAGCCUUAACAACCGUGCGUCGCCGACUUUCCGGACAAGUUUUUAGGAGUGAAUUAACGAAGAGGAAAAUUCCUCUAACCAGUCCUCUAUAUUUCACCCUGAUAUAUUUCCUGACGAAACGAAAGGGUUAAUAAUGCGAAUAUAUUCGUCAUUCUCUUCGCAUAUUGACUUGGUCCGUGACGUAUAUGUACGACGCAAUCGCUCAAGGGGUUUAAGAUACCGAAACAAAGGGCGAGCACGAGUGUAGGGAUAAAGGAAAAGGGAGGGCAGAGUUAACAGCGUGUAUUUAAGAACGUUCGCGUUACUCGCGCGUUUAAGAAGAUCCGUACGCAUACGUUCUGCGUGCAAGGCGAGGGCGAGCCUGUGAUUAGGGGCCGAGUUGGGCCCCCAGGGCCUUAUAACCGCCCACUACACCACCAGCAACAAGAAAACAGAAGAAAAGAUCGAGGAAGGGAACGGCUUUUAGACUUCUUCGCGGGACCGCGUGGGAACGUAUCGGCUCGUCUAUCAUCUUAACCUCCCUCGAACACCGUAUACCCGUCCGGCGUCUUACCCUUCGGCUAUAUAGGAAUGCAACCACCCUAUACUCGCGCCAUAACAACGCACAGGGUGAUUAUAAAGUACUUAUCGCGGUACGGAUCGUGUUACCUGAACCAUUCGAUCGGAUUUACUCGGGUAUUACGCGGCCAGCUUGUCGUUUGCCCACCUCUUAUCUACGUGGAUCGAAUGAAAUUGUAAUUUUAACCAUCCCAUCGAUGGAUGGAUUUUCGAUGGGCCAGGUUACCGUUCAAUUUCAGUUUCCUAUACUUUUUAACCCUAUUUCCUAUCCAGGAUCGUUGCUUCGUUCAAGUACCAUUGUACAGUAUAUUUAAAUAACUGACGCGAUAUUUUAUUAUAAUAAAUGUACGAUUGUUACGUGUUCGUUGUUUUCACAACAUAGCGCACGUUUAACGACGAACGAAUGCUUUUGAGCGAUAGUGUAAAUUACGCAACGUCGGUGCUUGAAUAAAUUACACGCGUUACUUCGUGAGAGCGCAUGUUGAUCACGCUGGCAGCUACGGAAUAUUGAUUGUUUAUUGCUUGUUAACGGUAACGUAUCGCGUGUCAAUAGAAAGCAAUUGAACUCGAUGCGAUUGAUACGCUUCUUCUAAAAAAACAUCUGAUGUAUUCUUUUAAUACAGCUUCGCGGAUCGUCGUUAGCAUCGAUGCGAUGAUCAUAAUGGAUACUUGGAUACCGGAUGUGGCACACGGGAACUCGUCGAUCAAUUCUCCCCCGGCUGAAAAGAGAAUCAUAAAUUACACCGGUUUACUGAUGCACCUUAAUCAAUUUGUUUGAACACGUUGAAAUUAAUUUUCACGUUCUAUUUUAUAAUACGAUAAUUGCCAUAGUCUAACGGUGAUAAUUUUUUUUUUUUAAACAAAUUAUCUACACUCGAGUUCGAAAUGUUGUUAAAUUAAACCGUAGAAUAUUGCGACAGAAAUUUAUUGAAGCAACGAUGAAAUUUUGCGCGGGAAAUCGAAUUGUCCUCCAUUCUCUUAAAUCGAUAUUCCCUUGUGAUAGCGAAGAAGAACAUAACGAAAGCAACGACCGCAUGAAAGUUGAUGCUUAAACGUUUCUGCCUCCCUGUUCGAAGAAGAUUUACCUUAGAACACGUAAAGCGUUCUCGCGAUAAUUUUAUUUCGUCGGCCGUGUAAGCCGUACGUUCGUUCAGCGUAUCCCUCGCGUGCGUGUAAAUCGCAUGUGUAUCGCGUCGGGCGAACAUAUAAUAUGCAACGUGAAACACGUGCAUCCUCUUGCCGUCGUGUGCAAGUGCAUAGAACGCCGGUGUGCGAGAGAAUCGUGGCAGAUAUAACGAGAAUAAAAGGGAACAGACGGAAAAAGGAACGAGGUAAACGAGGAUGCGAAAGGGUGCGAGAGGGCGAAACUCGUGGAAAUUAAAGAGGCAGAAUCUGAAAAUCGGGGAUAAUCUUUCUGUUUCGUGCUACAAACGUUUCUUUGCCACGAAAACGAAAAAAAAAGAAAGCGCGGCAGAUUAAAGGGCGAAAUGUCUGUUAUCUGAAAUUUCAAAUCUAGGAAAGCAAGGGAACGGUGUUGAAGCGUGGGAAGAAUGAAAACGGCAAGGAAAUAACUGAGAAGCGGUGAAACGACGAGAUUAGAAUUUUCAAAUUAAAUUGUACGAAGAUUACCCUAACUCGAAUGCUUAAUAAACAACUCGACGCUUCGAAUAAUACGAUAUAUUUUCUACGUACACGCGUCAUCUCGAAGGCAUCAAUUUACCUUGGCAAUAAUAGUCAAUCAUGAUCAUCCGGAACACCGUGGAUAUUUGUUAAAGCAUUACUUCUCAGGCGAACCUGUCAUUACCAUAAUGUACCGAAAAUAUAGAUCACGAGAGGAUAGGUGGUGUCGGAUGAUCCCCUUUGCUCGUCGCCUGCGGUACUGACGAAGGUAAAGGACGAAAUUUAUCGCUCGCUAAUGCUCCUUAAACUCAUUGGACGUAAAUUUAUCAGAGAAAGGCGAGGUUCCCGCGCUGUCGCCGCGGGCACUUGCUUUCGAAGCCGAAGAGGAAAGGCAUAAAGGCAAAGAGGAACGAGCGUAACGACGCGGAUAUGAUGGACGAUUAGUCGUGUGCCAGGACUAUUAGAGGAGUCAAGGCGCCGCAAGUGGCGUUAGUGUCGUCGAUACGACGCGACGAACGCGGGCCGAUUAAAUCGAAAUGGCCGAUUUCGUCUUCGCCUGUGGGUCCAGGAAGGAUCGUUUUUCGACAACGCCUAUGAACACCGUGAGAGAACCUGUUGUGUCCCGAGGAACGAUGGCGAGGAAGUGUGUCAAGCGUAAGCGAUAUCCCAGUACGAAGGAAACACCGUUGGAAAGUCAGUUCUGGACGCGAUCGCCUACAAGAACAUCGAUCCGCUACCAAAGUCGGAUAAAAGAAACCGAUCGAUCGAUAACACCCUUUGUACUUGAUUAAUUCAACUGCCAGGAACAUCGAGAAACCGGCUAAGAUUUAAUUCGAUUAAGAACCAAAGAAACGAACGUUUAUGAAGAUCUCACUGUGCGAUGACGUUGAAGAAAAAUGAAGUAAAAGAGGAGAUAAUUAACCCGAAGGAAGGUUCCGAAGAGCGUGCUUCUGGGAGAAGUAUCCUGGCCGAUUAGAAACGCUUUUCCGAGGCAAAAAGGGCCAGGAUUAAUAUGUGCUUUGGACGAGUGCCGCGAGCUGGAAGUUGCGAGAGUGGCGAGAACUCCGACGACAGCUGUCGAAAGGAAGACGUGGGGAUAGUGGCGGAGACGUGGAGAAUCUAUCCCGCGGGAAUGGGUAUGCUUCUACCCGACGAGACGUACGAGGAACGUUCCUCGUCCUCGAGACGAAGCUCUUGCCCUAACGUACUCGUGGACAUCGACGAGGUCGAGGCAGCCAAGGCUUUGGCCGCGUUCAGAAAGUGCGACGACUUCCUGAAGAGGCACGGCAUCAGGCCCGAGUUCUUCUGUAGGCACAGGGAACGUUUGGCGUUGCAGACCUGGCUCUUGCAGAGGUCCAAGCUGUCUUCCGAUGCCUCGUCGUCGAACGAAGCGGUGCACCUACAGCAGCGUCUGAGGAGCCUGAGCACGGAACUGGUGACCCUGAGGAACCGGCUGCACGUGAACCAACCGCCAAACAAUUCAGGGCCGAACGUAGUCGCGUCCGCGCCCCUUUCGAAGAGCCCGGAAAAAGGUGUCGUACCAUCGUCUCCUGCGCCCGCUGUACCACCAAGGACAACGUUACCGCUGGCUGGCACGUUACCCCAUGGCCUCGGUCAUCCUUCGGGACACACGUUGACGGCGUCCGCGAUCGUUCAUCCGCACGUCAAUCACGCCGGCGCGAACACGCUUGGCCACAACUCGACCGCAGCUAAUAAUUUAAUAUCCGAUCUAGAUUCUCCAAAGCGUCAUAAUGGAAUACCGGAUGACGGUAUAGUAUCCUGCGUGACAGCACUCGGAUGUCUGCGUUCGCCACCCAUUUCCAGCAUCAUCGCCGAUGUGAAGAACGCGAAGAGCAAUCAGGGUCAGCAUCGAUGUCUUACAAAAGGCAGCACCGGCACGUCAGGCCCUCCAACCGCCACGACCUUGGACGACCUAAUUCAUUUACCUGGACCACUAACGGAAGAUGCUGUGCUCAAGUGUCUGCAGGCUCGAUUUUGCGCGAAACAAUACCACACGAACGUGGGCCCGAUACUGGUCUGUAUCAAUCCUUAUACGGACGUCGGCAAUCCAUUGACCUUAACGAGCACCAGGGCCGUACCAUUGGCGCCCCAGUUGAACAAAGUCGUUCAGGAAGCCGUGCGACAGCAAUCGGAAACCGGCUAUCCGCAAGCGAUAAUCCUAUCCGGAACCAGUGGUUCGGGAAAAACUUACGCGUCCAUGCUGUUACUCAGGCAAUUGUUCGACGUAGCUGGAGGUGGUCCAGAAACGGACGCGUUUAAACACUUGGCUGCAGCUUUCACGGUUCUCAGGUCUCUAGGAUCCGCUAAGACUGCCACCAACUCGGAGAGUUCUAGGAUAGGCCACUUUAUCGAGGUUCAGGUUACGGACGGCGCUUUGUACAGGACGAAGAUACACUGUUAUUUCUUGGACCAAACGCGAGUCAUCAGGCCCCUGCCGGACGAGAAGAACUAUCAUAUAUUUUAUCAGAUGUUGGCAGGAUUGUCUCACGAGGAACGAGUCAAACUUAAUUUGGAGAGUUACAACCUGAAGAACCUGAGGUACCUGCAGCAUGGAGACACCAGGCAAGACGAGGCCGAGGAUGCUGUCAGGUUUCAAGCUUGGAAGGCAUGUCUCGGGGUGUUAGGUAUACCGUUCCUGGACGUGGUCCGAGUUUUGGCCGCUGUGCUGAUCCUCGGGAACGUGGGUUUCGCGGACAGACCCGGCGUAGAAGUGGGAGUGAUCGGGGAAAGCGAAUUAGCAUCGGUAGCAGCGUUGCUAGGAGUACCACCGCCUGCCUUGUUGCGAGGACUCACCUCCAGGACUCACAAUGCUCGUGGCCAACUGGUGAAGUCAGUUUGCGAUGCGAAUAUGUCUAACAUGACCAGGGAUUCACUGGCGAAAGCGCUCUACUGUCGCACCGUGGCUACUAUUGUGAGGAGAGCGAACAGCCUGAAGAGAUUAGGCUCCACGCUUGGUACCCUGUCCUCGGACUCGAACGAGUCCGUUCACAAUCAGGCCGAGGUGACCAGUCAGCAUGCUUCUACCAUUGGUAGCUCUGCAGGUGGCACCGGUUCCAGGAGCAUGACCGCGUUGAACAACGCGGUCAGACACGCGACAGACGGGUUCAUCGGGAUCCUGGACAUGUUCGGGUUCGAGGAUCCGAAACCAAGCCAGCUGGAACACCUGUGUAUCAAUCUGUGCGCGGAGACGAUGCAACACUUCUACAACACCCACAUAUUCAAGAGUUCGAUCGAGAGUUGCCGCGACGAGGGUAUACGAUGCGACGUGGAGGUCGACUACGUCGACAACGUGCCGUGUAUCGAUCUGAUAUCCUCCUUGCGUACAGGGUUGUUGAGCAUGCUGGACGUCGAGUGUUCGAUACGGGGCACCGCUGAAAGCUACGUUGCAAAGGUGAAAGUGCAACACAAACAAAAUCCACGAUUGUUCGAACCUAGAACCGUCGAUGGCAGGUCCUUCGGGAUUCAGCAUUUCGCUGGAAGAGUGACUUACGACGCGUCCGAUUUCCUGGAUACCAACAAAGACGUGGUACCUGACGACUUGGUAGCUGUAUUUUACAAACACACCUGCAGUUUUGGUUUCGCCACUCAUCUGUUUGGCAGUGAAUUGAAAGCAUUGUACGCGAGUGACACAGUACCAAGGGGUGUCAGCUUUAGGAUAUCACCAACUUCUCACACAGAUCUUCUGAACGGCGACGAGCCUAUCUCCACGUUAACACAGGACUUUCAUACGAGGUUGGAUAAUCUGCUGAGAACUCUGGUCCACGCGCGACCCCAUUUCGUUAGGUGCAUUAGGAGCAACGGCACCGAGACACCCCUCCAUCUAGACAGGGCCGUGACUAUGCGUCAGAUACGAUCGCUUCAAGUUCUGGAGACAGUGAAUCUAAUGGCUGGCGGAUAUCCACAUAGAAUGCGUUUCAAAGCGUUCAACGCAAGGUACAGGCUAAUCGCGCCAUUCAAGCAGCUUCGCCGUGCGGAGGAGCAAGCCGUAGAGGAUACGAAGCUUAUCCUGCAAAACGCUCAACAAUUGAAGAGCAAAUUCGGCGCGAGUACCAGCUGGGCUCUCGGUAAAAGGCACAUCUUCUUGAGCGAGGGCAUUAGGCAACAGCUUGAGAAUCUGCGCUCGGAAACGCGCAGGAAAGCCGCCACCGUGAUACAAGCUACGUGGAGAGGCUGGCGAGUGCGUAGAAGAUGGCCUUUGAGGAAGACCACGAUAGGCGUGACUUCCGGGAUCGGUCAGAAGAAGCCGCAACAGCCCACGUCGGCCAACACGGGAACCGUUCAAAGGAACGUUACGGCUGGUACGGCAACCGGAACCGGAACCCGACCCAGGCCACAGCCAAUCGCUGGUACACCACCACCCGAUCCUUCGGAGAAGUGCGCCGAUCAGAAGAUGAUCCAACAAACGUGCACCCUCUUUGGACUCGAUUUGGAACGACCACCACCUGUUCCACCAAGUAGAUCCUACACCGUUACAGGAAAUACGAAAUUGGGUUACCCUCAGACAAGAAUCAUGAAGAUGCCUUUUCCAGAAGAGGGUGAGGGUGAGGUUGUUCUGCUUAAGGGUGAAACGGUAUUGGUCGUAGGCGCGUCUCCUAGACGGGGUCACCUCUUGGUGGAGCACAACAACACAACCCUCCACGUGCCUUAUCAAUUCAUGGAAUUGAAACCUUGUAAUAUUAACGUUUGAACGCGUUAUUUAUUUAAUACCAUCUCGUUGUUCGAUCGACGCCAUCGUGUAACCGAAUCGUUUCAAUUUUCAAGCUAACCAUCGAAAGAACAAACGAAAUUCUUACGAAGGGAUUCAGAUUUCACAGAGACGCGUGGUUACGAAUGAAAGAAGAAGCCUGAUUCGCUUCAGGACGGACGAAGGUUUUCUUUGAAAAAUCACAGUGGCGUAAUGACCAUCGCACACGUCGGUUCUAAUUUAAAAGAAGUAGAAUCGGAUUACAUUCCUUCCCUUUGUUACUUUUCUUCAACGUCCAACGGUAAUCCACCAUUAUGCCGGCAUUCUAUCUCCUUUAACAUAUCCUUUCCACUUCUUUGUGGUACUCUUUGUGAAUCAUUCUCCAUGCAUAAUUAUUUUCCAUCGAGGAGAAAGAUUAUUAUUCUAUAAAUUUGCAUCGGAAAUGUAAUUUUUUUCUUUUUAAAUCUUCCAUCAGUGGCGUCGUUUCGACAACGAAAAAUGGUAAAACAGCGGGCACGAAGAGGAUUAAGUAGCUUAACUCGUUGAGCUCUUCCGGCAGGACAUUAAACUUUGUCCUUUAAUUAAUUACACCGGCCGUUAAGCGAGUUUAACGCGGAAGUCAGUACACAGGUGCUUAUCACAGCCUCACCGUCGACGUUCUCCUUCUUGCGCGGCACCACCUCCCUGCGAGUCACGUUCGUCUUCCAUGUAGAUAAGUACACGCACGUCGACGUGCAUCCUCGAAUUAGUAAGCAUGUUAGCCGUUAAAUAGCUUCGAGACUGGUGCUGACUCUCGGGAGAACGUACAAGCAACCUUGUAUGCAUAGAUUUUACUCCGUCGUUGAACAACGAUGUCUCGUCGGCCCCCUGCUGAACCCAUUAAUUCCCAAAGCUUCGAGUACAUUGUUAUCAAAGCGUAAACAAAAGUGAAUGCAAAUAGGUAAUAAGGUAAGAAUAAGUAUUUACUUGUAAUACUAAGAGUAUUAAUGCGACUGUAAAUAUUUACUGAAAAUUUGUGGUCACGAAAUGCAAACUUUGGGUAUUAAUGAAUUGUUCAACCCUUCAUUUCUUCUUAUUUUCUUUUUGUAAAGUACCGUGCAAAAUACGUAUUUUUAUUAUAAAUUUCUAAAUGGUGUAUAACUUGAAAUAUACAGAGGACCUAUAACAAUAGGUUUAUUCAAAUUAUUUAUAGUACCAAGUGUAGUAGGUAUUUUGGACGGUAAAUUACCAUGGAUGGAAAGGAGGGUUUAGCAACGUAGACAGCUGACGGGGGCCAAUUUCAAGGGUGACUUUGCUGUGUCUAAGAAGAAAAUUGUAGAAAGUAAGAUCGAGAGGGUCCUCUUUGAAAGAGUCCUCUUGGGAACCAUUUGAAGAAGCGUCCCCAUGACGGGGAAAGGCUCGAAGAAGCCGAGGGUUAGAGGAUAUUUACCAACAGUAUUCCUUCGUCUAUCUUUGAAUUCUUAGUGCCAAUUUCUAGAGAGAAAUCUGCGGCUACGAUAUCGUGGAAAAUCUUCGAAUGUCCCCUUCAAUUUUAUCCAACUUUCAUUCAACAAACUUAUAAUCAACUUUUUGUGAAUCAUUCUCCAUCCAACGCAUUUAAUUACAAAAAUUCGUAAUGAAACAACUAAUUAUCUAUUUUAAUUAUUACUUUGAUUAUUGAAGAGAACAUUCGAUCAUUUUGCACGGUGUAUUUGUACAUGUAUAAUAUUCGAUUAAGCUUCUCUUUGUAAGACAAUUCGACGAUAAGUAUAAAGGAUAGGUCUACUCGAUAUUAUUCUAUCAUUAUCGCGAAUAAUCAUAACGCCACAGUUCUAACAUUGAAUCGGGAAAGGUAGAGAUACGAGCGCUUUGUAGAUACAACGAAAACUCGUUCAGUUAGAAACGAUAAGCGUCCAUUGAGAGAACCAGUUCGCCCUAGAAACUCUCUCGAGUAACAUCUCGAGGGUCUGUACAUACCAGUAUGUAUGACGAUGUUACGUAGUUUACAGAUACCGAAGCCUAAAGUACGAGUAUAGGUAGCUGUAAGUGCGUCGAGAUAUUUUUUAAUAAAAUGUGU